CGGAUGUAUAUGGUAUGUCCUUGUGUCUCUGUGAUCAUUAUUAAACAUGACAGUUGACUUAUAGCUGAAUAAAAUAUCGUGCUUUCGUCCUGCUAUGUGAUUCUCAUUGGAGCCACAUCUCAUCACCUUGUGCAGGUCCUACAGGCUUCAGUAGGAGUUAUGAGCGCUCCAAAUGCCAAACAGAGACAAGCUUGCUGGGGAGCGAGAGAUGAGCUGUGGAAGUGUCUGGACCUGAACCUAGACAACACAGCUGUGUGUGAGGAAUAUCACAGGGUAUACAAGGCCAGUUGUCCUGCUCAGUGGGUGAAGCACUUCGACAAGCGAAGAGACUUCCUGAAGUACAAGGAGAAACUUGAGAAGGAAGGAUUUGAACCUGCCGAGCGGGUGCCAAAAUUAUAGAUCACUGAAUAGAUCUGUAAUUGAACUGGAUCCUCGAUGUAAUGGAAGGACAGAGGCUUUAACAGUAAACAUAAUGAACACUGACGUUUAAUGCAAAAAAUAAUAAUAAUAAUAAAGAUCAAUUCUGAUUGUUUAAUGUUAUUAUUAAUAUGUGGGUUGCAAAUAAAUGUAAUACAUAACGAAA